AAUGCAAUACGACAGAUCUUUGUUAACUGAAGAUAUUAUUGGGGCUUAACCAAAACAUAGGAAAGUCAACAUGAAUAGAGUUUUGCCUAAUUAAUUGCCUUUAGAAGAAUAACUACGAUUAUAGUAUUAAAAAUAAUCAUUAUAGAAAAUAAAUACCUCAUCAAGAUAUUCGAUUUGGCAGAAGACGUUAUGAAAAUGAUGUUCAUCAUUUUUGUAAUAUAUGCCUACCUUAAGAACACUAAUACUUUGAUAAAAGAAAUACAAUUAAAACAUCAAAACAUUUUUAUUUUUUAUUAGACAGAGAAUAUGUGAUUUAUUAUGAAAAUUUAAUUUCUAAAAAUAUGAAAUGA